UUUAAUUUUUUUAAUUUUCAGGUUUCAGCUCCAGGUAAAGGAGUUUUGAUUACUGGCUGCGAAUCACCUAUCGCUUGGUAUUUGGCGAAAAAAUUGGACGAUUUAGGUUUUACUGUCUAUGCUGGUUUCAAUGUGCCCGUUGAAGAUUCUGAAGAGGCGAAAAUUUUAAAAGAAGAAACUUCAGGUCGAAUGAAAAUUUUACAUGUGGAUGUGACAUCCGAGAAAACGCUUUUAGAAGCAGCUUUAUUUAUAUCCGAGCAUUUGCCUUACGGUGCCCAAGGAUUAUGGGCUUUAAUGCACUGCGCUCAUUGGAUUGCAUUGGGUGAAUUGGAAUGGAUACCAUUCGGUGUAUUGCGCAAGUCAUUGGAUUUGAAUCUAUUGGGUGUUGCCCGCUUAACACAAUUGAUGUUACCUUUAAUACGUAGAGCAAAUGGACGCAUAGUGUUUUUAACAUCUGGUCUUAAUAAAGUGCCAGCACCAGUACGUGGCAUACAAUGCGCAACACAAGCAGCUGUGGAAAGUUUUGCAGCUUGUUUACGCCAAGAGAUGCGUCCGCGUGGUGUUGAUGUUUCCGUUGUUGCUGCUGGUGAAUUCUCACCCGGCAAUGCUUGGCUAAAUGAAACUGAAUUACGUGAGCAGGCAAAGGAAAUGUGGUCUAAGCUGUCAACCGAACAAAAGAAAACCUAUGGAGAGGACUAUUAUGAAGCGGCCAUGACUUCCGUCGAUAAAUAUUCGAAAGAAGCUGCAGAUAUACAACCUACCUUACGUGUAUUGAUUGACGCCGUGACUCGUACUUUCCCAAUGGCUCGUUACACGCCGGUAACUCCUCACGAGAAAUUUCAAAUAUUUUUUGCUGAACACUUGGCUCCUUCGCUCUAUGAGUUGAUCUAUGGUACUAAGAAAUGAAAAAGUUGGAAAGAAG